UUGCAUAUUUAAAAUAGAGUUUUCAAAUCCACAGUGUUUAAACGUUUAGGAACAAAGACUUGCUUGUAACAUUAUAACGGCAUAUUAACACAUAAUAUAAUUUUAUUCACACUUCUGCUUUCUAAACACGGCUUUAAUAUUAGAAGUGAACUUUAGAAGUCCUAGUAAAGACAGAAACAAUGCUGUGCAAAUAUAAGGACAAAAUGCAUCUCUGUAUGUUAAUGGUGCUGCUUCUUCAGCUGUUAUUCAGGACUGCAGCGCAGUCGUGUGCCAAGAGCUGUGGACAGAAGAUAAACACAUGCUCUUGUCACUCAACAUGUGAAUCUCUGAGGGACUGCUGUGCUGAUUAUAAACACUUUUGUCUUGACAUUGAACCACACUCUGGGUCUUUGCUGGGAGGCACAGACUUUAAAAUCCUCAACGCUACAUUUGAGCAGAACAUUAACCUCACUUGCAGGUUUAACUCUGAGAUUCUGACGGAGGGCUAUGUGGAUGAGAGCGGAGUGGGUCACUGCAUCACUCCUCUGCUCUACGAGUCGGGCUGGAUCUCUUUUGAGGUGUCCACGGAUGGAGUCAGCUUUGACAGAUCAGGGCGAUGGCUCUCAG